UCACAUCUCCGGUUAAGGCAGUCAGUGGACGCCUGCGAGGGCUUCACUGAGUUGCGGGGAGAGAGACGGGCUGCGCCGAUAGCAGAUCCGUGUUUGGUCGGACAGAGGGAACGCAGGCUUUCAAUAAGUGAUCCGGGUUGGCCCAUCCACAUCAACAGUGCCGCACGGCCCGGGUGCGGUUGAGCCAGCAUGGCGGACCUGGAGCCGGUGAAGAGGAUGCUGCGGGCACUGCUGCAGUCCAGCAAGGGCGGCGUGACGCUGGGCCGCCUGCAGGCCGAGUACAAGGAGCUGACGGGCGAACUCAUCCCACACAAGCAGCUGGGCCACGCCACACUGGACGCACUGCUGCUCACCAUGCCCUCCGUGGUCCGCAUGGAGCGCAACCGCAACGGGGAGAUGGUGUGUUAUGCCACGGUGGGCAGUGAGACGGCACACAUUGCCAAGCUGGUGGCACGGCAGCGCACUGCCAAGAAGACCGGCCGCCCACAGCUGGUCAAUUGCCAGAUGAGAGUGAAACCGGCCGCCCCUCUGGUGCUGAAUGCCAAGCCCAGGACAUCGCUACGGCAACCGGAUCACCGCGGGAGACUGGGCCGGGGGGGCGGCCGUCCUGGGGGGGUCGCAGACUCUCGACAGGGGCAUGUGAGAGACGGACAGGCUGACGGCAGGGGCAACGCCGGGCAAAACAAGGCCCAGAACACGCCCGCCCGGAAGGCCUCCUCUGCCUCCGACAGGCCAGACAAGAGGAUGACCCUUCCCUCCAGGUUUCAGAAGGAGGUCCAUGCCCAUCUCUCCAGGAACCCUCAGCAGAGUAAUGCCCCUGCCAACCUAAACGAGAGUUCCCCACAGGCAAAACCCAAGACGGGCCUGUCGGGGUCCUACAACCCACAGCAGGUGCAGGGCCGCCUGAAAGAGAUCCUGAACAAGUACAGCAAUGGCCUCUGGGUGUCCAAGCUGCCGCAGCUCUACAGGGAGCUGUACAAGCAGGAGCUGCCGGGGGAGGCACUCAAAGACCUGGAGCAGUGGACACAUGUCUGCACCCUGGAGAAGCCGUGCAGCACCAACCCCGCCGAGCUGCUCCUCUACCCGGCCAAAGACCCCAGCAGCAGCGGGGUCCCCAGCACACCGACCCCUCCAAGGGGCGACCGUCACUCUCCUGGUCCCCAGAAGCUGCCUCCUCCCCGCACACCCACCCCCAGCACCCCCAGCACCCCUGCCUCGCCCCCCAGCCCUGCCCCCAGCGGCCCGGGCACGCCGCCCCCCUCCCUGACCCCGGAGCUGCGGCGCAACCUGGGCGAGUUGCUGCUGAGGUACAGCAGUGGGCUGUGGGCCCACGCGCUGCCCAAGCUCUACCAGGACACCUACAAGAGCGCGCUGCCCGAGCACGUGCUCCAGAACCUCGCGCUGCUCGCCGACUUCUGCACCGUCGACUACCCCAUGCCCGACAACCCCAAGCGCGCCAUCCUGUACGUGCGCGCGGCCGAGGACGAGAACUGCAACCGGGCGCGGCCGGAGGCGGAGACGGAGUCGGAGGCGGGCAAGCGUCCCAGCUGCCAGGCGCAGGUGCCCGCGCUGCAGAUACCGCGUGAGGAGUACCCGUCAGUGCUGGUGGUGGAGGCGGCCUGCACCAACAGCGUCGUGCUCAGGUACAUCGGCGAGGGCUACUCGCAGGCGCAGGAGAAGCUGGAGGAUGAGAUGCGGGAGUUCUACGGCCAGGACAACACCAGGAAGGCCCUGACCAACCCUGUGUCGGGGCAGCUGGCGGCUGUCCGCGCUGAGGAGGAGGAGGAGAUCCUUCGUGCCCAAGUGUGUGAGGUCAUGGCGGAUAAGGUCAAGGUAUAUUAUGUGGAUCAUGGGUUUUCGGAGGUCAUCAGCAAAACCAAGCUCCUGGAGCUGCAUGAGAAGUUCUUCAAACUGCCCUUCCAGGCCACUAAAUGCAAACUGGCUGGACUGGAGCAGUUCAGCCAGGAGGCGUCUGUGCUGAAGAAGUUUGAUUCCAUGGCGAGUGGGAAGAUCCUGCUAGCCGAGAUUCUAGAACGCCAGGAGACACCACUCAUGGUCCUGUACGACACGUCGCAGGAUGAUGAUGUCAACAUCAAUGCAGCGUGCAUGAAGGCCCUGCAGGACAAGUCCCUGGAGAGCCCUCUGCAGGUGAACAGUGCCUACAUGAAUGUGAGUGUAUCGAGUGUGUGUUCGGACGGGACCAUCUACUGCCAGCUGCCCUCCCGAGGCCUGGCUAAGCUCACCGAGGUGCUGGGGAAGACCGAGGCCUACUUCCACUCUCAGGUGACGUCGGAGUUCCUGGUGUCCCGGCCGUUCUGUGGGAAGGGCUGCCUGGCUCGCUACAAAGGCAAAUGGUCUCGAGUGGAGAUCACCAAUCUCCAUGGCAGCAGAGUGCUGGAUAUCCUGUUCAUUGAUUUGGGGGUUCAGGCAUCCGUAGAGGUCAUUGAAUUGAGGGAGUUCCCACCCCCCCACCUGUGUGACCUUAUCGCCAUUCCACCCCAGGUGGUGAAGUGUUGUCUUGCUGAUCUAGCUGUGAGUGUGGGAUCCUGGACCCCAGAUGCUGUGCAGUGGCUUAGAGACACAGUACUGCACUGUAGUGACUGCAGUAUAAAGAUUGCCAAACAGGAGGAGAGCAAGCGUCUGGUGCACGUGCACCUUUUCACCAGCAAGAACUUCCACGACAUGAGUCGCAGCGUCAACCGGCAGCUGGCCGAUUCGGACCUGUGGAAGCACCAGAAGGACGUCUUCCUCAGCAGCCACGCCCCCUCGCUCAAAACCACGCCCACCACCGUGCCCGGCCACACCCACCGCUCCGGAAGCCCCACCUCCACCAAUGGGACGCGAGCGCCUCAGCUCCGACGCGCCCAUUCGCUCCCGGGCACCAGGGGGACUCCGCCCACCACUCCUCAGCACACCGCCACACCUGCCCCCCAGGGGCGUCUGCAGAUGCCCCCGCUGCUGGAGUUGCCCCCGGCGGGGCAGAACCUGGAUGUGUAUGUGUCGGUGGCGUGCCACCCGGGCCACUUCGUGCUGCAGUCCUGGCAGGAUAUGUACAAGCUGGUGGUGCUGAUGGGAGAGAUGAUCCUGCACUACAACAAGACCGACGACAAGCCCGUCGCCGUGGAGAAGAACCAGGUGUACGCCGCCAAAGUGGAGAACAACUGGCAUCGUGUGCUGGUGAAGGGGAUCCUGACCAACGGCUUGGUGUCCGUCUACGAACUGGAUUACGGCAAACACGAGCUGGUCAGCUGCACCCAGCUGCGUCCGCUCAUCCAGGAGUUCCGGCAGCUGCCCUUCCAGGGAAUCACUGCCCAGCUAGCAGGUGUGAAGCCUCGGCAGUGGUCGGAGGAGGCGUCCAUCGUGUUCCGGAACCACGUGGAGAAGAAGCCCCUGGUGGCCCAGCUGGAGGCCGUGCAGGAGGCGCCCAACGCCUGGGACCGCAAGGUGACUGUCUACCUAGUGGACACGUCGCAGGAGGAGCACGAUGUCUGGGUGCAUGACAUCAUGGCCGAGUUUGCCGACGAGCUCACCAAGGCCGCCUAACAACAAUCGCUACAACAACAGCAGCAGCAGCAGCAACAACAGCAGUGUGCACGAGAAGGGGCCGGCCGUUAGCAAGCAAGCAAGCGGCGGGAUAAGUUAGGGACUAGUGAAACUAGUCUCAUGCGAGUGUGUCGUGUGCGUGUGUGUGAGCAACGGGUGUGUUUAGGGAUGUUGUCUGGGGUGUCUCUGUCCUCUUAUCCAACCCCUGGCGGUUUACAGUAAAAGGGCUUGCAGCAGGUUGAGGUAGUGUAAAAGCACGAUGAAAGACAGGUGGAGUACGUCUUGACAUGCUGUAGGAUUUAACAAGUGCUGAGCAUGUUCUAAUCAUCACUUGUGAUGUGAUAAACAAUGUCAUAAGGUCUGUUUUGGCGAGCCAGAAGGGCUGACUUGUUUAAUGACACAUUCUUUUAGAGAGUUGAAUUAUGAUUUUGUUUGCUCAGUCAAAUGCUAACGUUAGCUCAACCUGUGAAGAAGGUCGCACUUUGUGGUACAGUGUGUUUCUAGUAGGCCUACUGGCAGACAACUGACUGGAAAGUCAAGCUUGAAAUUCAGGUGAAGUACGUUGACUCCAGCCCUGGUUGUGUGUGUGUGUGUGUGUGUGUGUGUGUGGGGGGGGGGGGGGGGGGACAUUAUAUGUGCUUCCAGCUUACGUCAUCCAACAAAAAGGUCUAAGCUAGCACCUCUGACAUGGCUUUAAGAUUUCAGAGCUUUCAAAGCUCAACGCACAAGUUUAAAACAUAAUUUUUCACAGAAGAGAGCUUGGGGUCUCCCAACACUGUAGACUCUCGAAUGGGAUUUGGACUUGAGCGGGAUUGAAAUGGCACCAAAUCUGGGUGUGCCCAGUUCUAGAGCCUCGGUCCAAGGGGGAUUCCAAGCCCAUGCUUUAGCGGUUGAUCUGAAUAAGUCAAAGUAAAAAUUAAAGUGAUUAGUAUUUAGCAGACGCUUUUAUCCAGAGCUGCACAGAUUUGUGACUGUGGGUUUCGGUAUUCAAACCCAGGCCCUAUGAAGGGUCGGAACUUUGAGUUAAACAGUCGAGUUCAACUGCUGUAUAACAUGAUGACAUACAGUAUUUAUACAUAUGCAUUUGAAGGUUUUGAGUAUUUGGGGUUACAACCCCCCCAUAUUGUACGUCUAUGACCCUACGACUAUGUAGGCUAUUGCUAGGAGAAUGAGACCGUUGGGCUCUUUUAAUUAGAAGUUCACCACUUACUCUGACUUGGCUUAUCUGGAUCAGUUACUAAACAAUGAACUUGGAAGGCCACCCCUGGGAUUUAAGAGUAAGAUGUUUACAUAGGCCUGCUCAACAGUCUGGCAUUCUGCAGUCUGAUAUUUUAACAGGUUUACAAGAAAAACAAAUGUAGCGAUACAUUCCUUUUCCUCCAUCGAUAUGUGACGAAGCCAUUUGGUCUGCUUUUAGUUCAGCUAGUGCUGCAGUACUGCUCCUGGGGGCAGGGGGCACUAGACUAUUUACCUCCUUUUAAUGUUGUUUAACUUUUGUCUUUAGCAUAGACUGGCAGAGUUCAGUUGCAUGACUUGAGUGGGAUUUGCUAAGGUGUGUAGCAUAGCUCCAGCUUGGUUUAAGCUUCUGGUGAUCAAAUGGCUGAAUUAUAUUGACAUCAAAACCUACAGUCUUGACAAAACCUUUAACACUAAGCAUUAAUGUGUAUGGUUGGAGCGCAGGAUUGAACGCAUAUUCAGAAAUGUUUUAGGAAUAAAGGUAAUUAAAAACUCA